UAAUGCAGUGCGCGCCUCACUUCCUGACCCGCACCGCAGAGUCUCCGCACACAAACUGCACCAACUCAUUGUCUGUCUUAAUUAUCUCUCAUAAUGAGAGGAACACGCAUUGUACUUGAACUUGAGCAUAAAUGAAACCCGUUUCUGAGGGGUCCGUGUGAAACUCAAGAGUGCCAGGAAUCAUGAACCUGCACCAGGUGCUCACAGGAGCCGUAAACCCCGGAGACAACUGCUUCUCUGUGGGCAGCGUCAGCAACCAGCCCUUCACGGCGUACGCCUCUGGCUGUGACAUCGUCAUUCUGGGGAGUGAGUUUGAGAGGAUCCAAAUCAUCCCAGGAGCCAAACACGGGAACAUCCAGGUGGGCUGUGUGGACUGUUCACUGCAGGGCGGACAGAUCGCCGCGUCGUACGGAAACAUUGUGUGUGUGUUUGAGCCGGUGGAGGUCAGUCCACAAGGGAAAGCACAAAAAAAGCUGAGUUAUCAUUGGCAGAAGAGCGGUCAGUUUGUUCUGCAGUCGGUGGCACACAUCCUGACGUGGCACCCUACAGGGUCAUGGCUUCUGACGGGCUCGGCGUGUCUGCAGAUGUGGUGUGAUGUUCAGUCCAGCGCAGAGACCGAAGAGGAGGCCGAAUCCGCCGGUCCUCUGCGCUCCUGGAGAUGUGUCUGGCAGUGCAAGUCUGCUGCUCCGACUCACUUCAUCAAGUUUUCCCCAGAUGGAGAGUUUUUUGCGACUGCAGGACAGGACGACUGUCUGGUGAAGGUGUGGUACAGCACCAGUAAAUGGCAAGCGGAUGUCUCCAAACUCUUCACGCCGCUCGACCUGCGCUCCGGAGCAGAGAUCAACUUCUCCUUCAUUUAUCUGGCUCACCCUCGCUCCGUCACCGGCUUCUCCUGGAGGAAGACCAGCAAACACAUGCCCAGAGGCACCGUGUGUAACAUGCUGCUGACCUGCUGUAAGGACAGUGUGUGUCGUCUGUGGGCCGAAACACUGCUGCCCAGCGACUGUCUGCUGUCUGGACUCGGACACAAUCACAACAUGAAGGCAAACAACAUGAAGAAGUCGUCCAGCAGCACCGGAGUGCAGAAGCAGAGCCCGCUGGAGCUGAAGCUGAAGCCGUCGUGGAGAGAGGAGGUGCGCUGUUUGUCUCAGCUCUCAUACAGCGGUCCUCUGCCGCAGCAGCAGAACAAACACUACAGCCACCGCACCAACAUCCUGCACGCCAACGCCCUGUGCCACUUCCACAUCGCCGCCAGCAUCAACCCAGCCACAGACAUCCCUCUGCUGCCCUCCAUCUCGUCCAUGAACGGCUCUGAUGAGGAGGAACCGGGCGGCCCGUUCACCGUCCACUGGCUCAACAACAAAGAGCUGCACCUGACGCUGAGCAUGGAGGUGUUUCUACAGCAGCUGAGGAGCAGCGGCGAGCAGAACGGACACACCGAGCGCUACGAUGCUGAUGAGGAGGGGAGCGGUGCUGAUGCUGUCUCUCUCCCUGCGGCGGCUGUGGAUCAUCAGCUGGACGUGCUGCUGACUGACUGGAACAGAGCGGCAGACAUGCUGUUCAGCAUCCACCCAAUGGACGGCUCGCUGCUGGUGUGGCACGUCGACUGGCUGGACGAAUACCAGCCCGGCAUGUUCCGACAGGCACAGGUUUCCUUCGUGUCCAGGAUUCCCGUGGCCUUCCCCACCGGCGACGCCAUCUCGCUCAGCCGCAGCGUGGUCAUGUACGCCUGCAACAGAAACGUGGAGCUGGCCAUGCAGCACGGCCGUCAGCGCCCCGCGGUCCUGCCGCACUCGUCCUCCUCCGCUCUGAUCGGACUGAGCCAGAACAAACCGUCCUCCAGCAGCCUGCGUCUCAGCAUCUUCACCCCCAGCGUCCUGAUGAUCUCCAAACACGCCGACGGCUCGCUCAACCAGUGGGCCGUCAGCUUCGCCGAGGACUCGGCAUUCUCCACGGUGCUCAGCGUGUCUCAUAAGUCACGCUACUGUGGCCACCGCUUCCACCUCAACGAUCUGGCCUGCCACUCUCUGCUGCCGCUGCUGCUGACCACCUCGCACCACAACGCCCUGAGGACGCCCGACGGAGACGCUCUGACCCGUCCCGCCGCUGCCCCGUCCCGCAGGAGCAGAGUCUCAUCCGGAGGAGUCGCCCAGGAUCCCAACGCCAUCUACAGCGAGCUGAUCCUGUGGCGUGUGGAUCCUGUGGGACCGCUGUCGUUCUCUGGAGGCGUGUCUGAGCUGGCCAGGAUCAACUCUCUGCACACAUCAGCCUUCUCUAACGUGGCCUGGCUGCCCACGCUCAUCCCCGGCAGCUGCCUCGGUGUGUAUGGGAACUCACCCAGUGCCUGCUUCAUCGCCAGUGAUGGACACUCGCUCCGACUCUAUCAGGCCAUCAUCGAGGCCAAGAAACUGCUGAGUGAACUCUCCAACCCCAACAUCUCCAAAUAUGUUGGAGAGGUGUUUAACAUCAUCAGCCAGCAGUCGACGGCCAGACCAGGCUGCAUCAUUGAGCUCGACGCCAUCACAGACUUUCAGGGGAAAGAGACACAGCUGCUGCAUGUGUUUGAGGAAGACCUGAUCUUGGGAAAUGAGAAGAUAGACGACUACCUGCAGGAUUCUGUUCCCAGCCGGACGCUCUUCUCCGCUCGCUUCUUCCUGGUGGUGGUGGAGGUCACUCAGAGCGGGAGGUCGCUCCUGCACAUGUGGCACCUGCAGCUGGACGCCGUUCCCGUCGUUAUGGAGCAAACUCAAACUCCAGAGAGAGAGACUCUGUCUCCGUCCCCCGUGAACGGCUCACAGUUUAACUUUGAGACGGACGGAUCCCCUCAAACCCCGAGAGCCAAGCUGAACACGUCUAACCUCCAGAGCGCCUGCCGGCUCGCCCUGAGCAGUACCAAAGUCUUCAGCCGGGAGCUGGAUCUGCCGCAGGGCGUUGAAGUCAUGCGUGUGUCACCUGCUGCAGGUCAUUUGAGUGCUUCAUCUCUGCAGCCGGCCGGACGCUCUCCGUAUCUGCUGGCCACGUCCUGCUCGGACGGAUCCGUCCGGUUCUGGAGGUGCAGCUCGGUCUCUGACCCCGAUGGCUCUGCUGACCCGUCGUACGUCUGGGAGGAGUGGCCUCUGCUGGUGGAGGAGGGCGAGGUCAGCAGCAGCGCUCUGAGUGUGUGCGGUCAGCUCAUGGCUCUCAGCUGCUGUCACACCAGCAGAGUCGCAGUCGCUCACCGCAGCCACCUGCACAUCAUGCACAUCAGCAUCUUCCAGUGCGACUCCACCGGAGGAUCCCAGUGGAUCCUGGAGCAGACGCUUAAAGUCUGUAGCUCCGACAGCCCGAGUGAGAACCACUGCUUGAGUAACGGCUGUUCAGCUGUGGGCAGUAAGAGCCAGGUCCACUUAGACUGGGUGUCCAGAGAAGAUGGCUCUCAUAUACUAACCGUGGGUCUGGGAUCCAAGCUUUACAUGUACGGGAUGCUUUCUGGAAAACCUCCAGAUCUGGGAUUGUCCGAUUGCAGUAAGGAGAGCAUCUGCUCUCGACUGGUGCUCCUCCGAGUGGUGGAUCUGGUGUCUUCGGUUGAGGGUUCGCCACCCAUCCCCGUCUCUCUGUCUUGGGUGCGAGAUGGCAUCUUAGUAGUCGGGAUGGAUUGCGAGAUGCACGUCUACUCCCAGUGGCAGCCGCCGGCUCCGGUCAAACUGUCUCGCACCGGAAGCGUGACGUCGCUGAACUCUGUGGUGAAGCAGGAGGGACUCGGUCUGAAUCCUUCUAGAAAGACCCUCACCAGAUCCAUGACUAGUUUGGCACAGAAACUCAGUGGAAAGAGAACGGUGUACGACCUCCCGGCCGAGAUGGAGGAUUCUGGGUUGUUUGAGGCGGCGUAUAACCUGUUUCCUACUCUGCCUCAGUAUCAUCCGGUGCAGCUGUUGGAGCUCAUGGACCUCGGGAAGGUGCGCCGGGCCAAAGCCAUCCUGUCGCAUCUGGUGAAGUGCAUUGCUGGGGAGAUCGUGUCUAUGAAGGACACUACGAUUAACCAGGAGCGGCGUCUGCGCUCGCUCACCAUCAGCGCCAGCGGAUGCACCUCCAGAGACCCCAAGAUGUUCAGCAAAGCUGAGAGCUCCGACUACACCGAGAUCGACUCCAUCCCUCCGCUGCCGCUGCAUGCGCUGCUAGCCGCUGACGAGGAGACGGCUCCUAGUGCCAAAGAGCGAUCGGAGAGCGUGAGCGCUCACGGCCAAAGCGACACUUAUGACGAGCUCUUCCAGACCUCCGGCGUCUCUACAGAUGACAUGGACCCUUUCGAUGGAGAUGAGGAGGAUGCUAACGCUAAAGUCAUUGAUCUGUCAAAGUACAGCCCUACGUUCUUCGGCUCUGAACACGCACAGGUGUUAUCUGGACACCUGCUUCACUCCAGCCUGCCCGGCCUGACCCGGAUGGAGCAGAUGUCUCUGAUGGCUCUGGCGGACACCAUCGCUUCCACCAGCACCGACUUCGGAGAAAGCCAAGGGAAAGGCCAAGGUGGAGAGACGCUGGAUGAAUGUGGACUGAAGUUUCUUCUGGCCGUACGUCUGCACACCUUCCUCCUGACGUCUCUGCCUCCGGCUCACCGCGCUCCGCUCCUCUGUCAAGGACUGUCCACCUGCCACUACGCCUGGGCGUUCCACUCCGAGGCCGAGGAGGAGCUGCUCAACAUGCUUCCGGUCCUGCAGAAAGGAGAGCCCACGUGGCCGGAGCUGAGAGCCAUGGGUGUGGGCUGGUGGCUGAGGAGCACCAACAAGCUUCGCAGAUGCAUUGAGAAGGUCGCAAAAGCUGCUUAUCAGAGAAACAACGACCCGUUAGACGCAGCCUUGUUUUAUCUGGCCAUGAAGAAGAAAGCUGUGGUCUGGGGACUCUACAGGUCCCAUCAUAACGUGAAGAUGACGGCGUUCUUCAGCAAUAACUUCAGUGAAGACCGCUGGAGGAAGGCAGCGCUGAAGAACGCUUUCUCUCUGCUCGGAAAGCAACGUUUCCAGCAUUCUGCCGCUUUCUUUCUGCUGGCCGGAUCCCUGAAAGAUGCUGUUGAGGUUUGUAUAGAGAAGAUGCAGGACCUUCAGCUGGCUCUGGUGGUGUGUCGGCUGUACGAGUCUGAGUUUGAGACGUCCUGCACCUACAAGCGAAUCCUUCAGAGGAAUGUUUUGGGUCAGCACCAGCAGAUCGCGGCCCAUCAGGACCCUUUCUUACGCAGCAUGGCGUACUGGGUGUUAGAUGACUACAGCAGGGCUUUGGACACACUGCUGGAGCCCAACGCAGACUCGUCACAUGAAGGAAGCGGCAGAUCAUCUCCCUAUAGUCCUGAUGUUUUUAACUUCUACACCUACCUCCGCACACACCCGCUGCUCCUGCGCCGUCACUUGGGCUCCUGUGAUAAAGCUAAAGUGGGUCUGACCGCUGAAGGCCGCGCCGUCGACUCCAUCAGUCUCACGGAGAGGCGGCUGUUCUUCACCGCUGCGUAUGCACACUUACAGGCCGGCUGCCCCAUGCUGGCUCUAGAGGUGCUCUCUAAAAUGCCGAAGGUCGUGAAGCGCUCUCAGGUGCGAGAGAAUUCGCCCGAGUCGUCGAGCGAGCACAAAGACCAGGCCUCGGCUUCGUGGCCGGUUCUCAACGGCGUGGAGUCGGUGUCCUCGCUCUCGUCUCCUAGAGAGGACAGUCGGUCAGAAUCGGUGCUCAGUUUCGACUGGAGCCAUCCGUCUGUCACCCUGCAGGACGAGCCUCUGGAGCUCAAGUGGGAUAGCGAUAAAGACGACACGGACGAGGAAGAAUCAGGUCUGGCGAUGAAGACCAUCCGCUCGGAGAAAGACAGCAGUGUUUCUCGAGACGGUCCGGCGGUGACGUCCACCCCGAUGGGUCACAGCACAGACGAGACACCUGCGAUGACCGAUGACAUCCUCGCCGCGCAGCUGAAGUUCAGCUCCUGCCUGAAGAUCCUGACCACGGAGCUACGGACGCUGUCCACGGGAUACGAGCUGGACGGAGGGAAGCUGCGGCAUCAGCUGUGUCACUGGCUGGAGCGAGCCGUGGCGGCGCUGCAGAGAUGCUGCGGAUACAACCCCUUCCUCCAGCACCUGCCCGAGGGCAUCUCGGCUGACCUGAGCCAGGUGGAGGAUCUGGAGGAGCGGGGCGCGGCGGAGCAGGCCAGAGAGCUGCAGCAGCGGCGCAGACUGUGGCUGAAGAGGAACCAGCCGCUCCUGCGCAUCUUCCUGAGUUACUGCAGCCUGCACGGCUCUCACGGAGCAGGACUGGCCUCCGUCAGGAUGGAGCUCAUUCUGCUGCUGCAGGAGUCCCAGCAGGACGACAGUCUGCAGAUCUCCUCUCCCGCUCCGCAGCAUCUGUCUGCUCCUCUCUUCCUGGCCUGGACCGCCAUCUCCAAAACAGUGGUGGCCAAUCCCAUAGUGCACCUGACCAACCUCACGCACGACAUACUGCACACCAUCACCGCUCUGGACGCUCCUCCGCACCCAGAUGUGGUCAGCAACGAGAUCUACGUGAUGCACACUCUCGCCGCUUCCCUGUCGGCCUGCAUCUAUCAGUGUCUCUGUGACGGACACAGCUACAGCCAUGUGAAUCCGUUCACGGGAAUCACCUACGAGAGCGUCCUGCUGACCCAUCAGCCCCCGGUGAGGAGCGUCAGCAUCGAGGAGACCGUGCUCCCCAACACCUCUCCUGCGCAGUGGCCAGGUGUGAGCGUCCUGCUGCGUCUGCUGAGCGCGUCUGGAGACGAGAACCAGCCCGGUCUGCCUGUGCUUCUGUGUGAGAUCCUGACCGCAGUCUUCCUCAGCCUCUUCGUCCACGGUCUGGCCACUCACUCCAGCCACGAACUCUUCCGCAUCGUGGCUCACCCGCUCAACAGCAAGCUGUGGGUGGCCGUGUUCGGCGGAGGCGCUCGUGUUCCUGUGCUGGAGAAACCCAGCUCUCCCACAGAUGUGGAGCGGAAGCAGCGGCGUUCCCGGCUCAGCUCAUCACGCAGUAACUCCAGAGAUGUUCCCGACAGUCCGGUCAGUCCCAGACCCGUGGUGAUGGAGCCGGACUCUUCCGUCUGUAAAGAGCGUUUCGUGCCGCCUGAGCUCAGCAUCUGGGAUUAUUUCAUCGCAAAGCCGUACCUGCCUCCGUCUGCCAGCCGAGUGGAGUAUGACUCCGAGGAGAGCCAGGGCAGUGAGGACGAGGAGGACGAGGACGAGGAGGAUGAGGAUGAAGGAGAUCCCAACUCUCCGCUGGCAGAGCAUUCCAACAACAGCUCGUACAGCUGGUGUCUGAUGCGCUUGGCCAUGGUGCAGAUAGUCCUGUUCAACCUCAAGACCCUCUACCCGAUGGCAGGUCACGACCUCUUAGAUCUGCCCGUGUGCUCUCCGCUGUGUCACGCCGCUCUCAGGACGCUCCAGCGCUGGGAGCAGCUGCUGCUGAAGAGGCUGGAGAUCUUCGGAGGUCCUCCGUCGAGGUUCAUCUGCUCACAGCUGCUGGAGGAGAGUGUGUCGUCCGGUCCGGCGCUGCUGCGACACAAAGCUCUGUUCGAGCCCUCCAACACACCCUUCAGAUCUCGCCGGCGCGCAGCACUUCCUGUCAGACGCCUGUGGCAGUAUCUGGUCAAACAGGAAGAGGUUCAGGAGAUGUUCAUACGCAACAUCUUCACCAAGAAACGCGAUCAGAACCAGGAGACUGAGCGUGUCAAAUGUUCUGUGCCGCUGGAGUCCACACACAACCAGAUCGAGGCCGAUCAGGGGUUUCCUGGAGGAAAGGCUCGCAUCAUCCACAAGGAGUCUGACAUCAUCACGGCGUUCGCCAUCAAUAAGGCCAACCGCAACUGUUUAGUGAUCGCCUCCACCCACGACAUCCAGGAGCUGGACGUGUCCUCCAUCCUCUCCACGCAGAUCCUGACCUGGGUCGAUGACGAGAACGAGGCCGAGGUCAAAGGGACGGAUGAUUUCCUGGUGGUUCACGCUCGGGAUGACUUCAGCGCGCUCCACGGCAGCACACCCUACACCCACAGCAGCCCCGGGACGCCCAUCAACAUGCCCUGGCUGGGCAGCCUGCAGACGGGACGAGGAGCCGCUGUGCUCAUCAAACGCAACAUCAACAACGUGAGGCGGAUGACGUCACACCCCACGCUGCCCUACUAUCUGACCGGAGCUCAGGACGGCAGCGUGCGGAUGUUUGAGUGGGGUCACUCUCAGCAGAUCACCUGCUUCAGGAGCCCCGGGAACUCCAGGGUCACCAGGAUACGCUUCAGUUAUCAGGGCAACAAGUUUGGGAUCGUGGAUGCAGACGGAGCGCUCAGUCUCUGGCAGACCAGCACCUCAGGAAACGCUCCCAAACCCUAUCUGACGCUUCAGUGUCACAAUAAGACGGCGAAUGACUUUGUGUUUGUGGGCUCAUCAUCUCUCAUCGCCACCGCAGGCCUGUCCACAGACAACAGGAACGUGUGUCUGUGGGAUACCCUGGUCACGCCAGCAUACAGUCUGGUACACGGCUUCAGCUGUCACGAGUCGGGCUCCACGGUUCUGGCUCUGGCGUCCAAACAGCAGCUGCUGCUCAGCGGAGGCCGGAGGGGCUACAUCAGCGUCCUGGACCUCAGUCUGAAGAUCCAGCGCCAGUGUUUCCAGGCACACGACUCUCCCGUCAAAGCUCUGGCCGUCGACGCCAGCGAGAGCUGCUUCAUCAGCGGAUCGGCCGAGGGCAACAUCAAGGUGUGGAGCAUGUCCACCCAGAGCCUCCUGCACACCUUCAGUAAUGAACACGCUCGUCAGUCGCUCUUCCGUAAUCUGGGCACAGGUGUCAUGCAGAUCGAGACCGGCCCGACCAAUCACAUCUUCUCCUGCGGCGCCGACGGCACAAUGAAGCUCCGCCUCCUGCCUGACGCUCUGAGCCUCUACUGCAGCGGCGUGAAGAACGACGUCAGGUUCAUCAUCUAGCACACGCAUGACUCUUUACACACGGUCAGGAUCAAGCAAUACGAGAGAGACGCUCCAAGCACACUGUACGAGUUGCUCAGCAUACUCCGUUCACCCGAAAUAUAUCUCUCUAUAUAAAUCAGUCAAGCCUUAACUAGCCAAACGGUGUUGUGAUCGUGCUCUAGACUCAUUAUAGUGAUAAGUGUCCUUAUAUUUCUACCCAACAUCCUUCAUGUCCCGCGCUGGACGUCUCCUGAUUCUGUUGCGUGUGUUCAAUGCUGUGCAGUACUUCCUGUCACUCUAAUAAUCAUUCUGUGGGAAGGUGUUGUAUAUUACUACAGUAAGCAGUAUUUAAAAAUAAAAACAGCCAUCAUUUCCUCUUCCUCCAAACCUGCACGAGCGUCUUUCAUCUGCUGGACACACCCGGUAGCCAUUCACUUCCAUACUAUAGAAGCCAAUGGGUGCCGGGUGUGUUGAGCAGGAGACGGACGCUCACACAGGCUCUGAGAGUGUGGAAGGUUCCUGAGGUUGAAGAUGAAGCACUUUGCAAGCAUCAUUCCAUCUGUGGAUCAAACUGAGAGCGGACGGUCGCUGUCACUUUUAUUUUCAGUGUAAAUAUGGAGUUAACACGAGACUUGAUGAGAUGAUUCGGUGUUAAAUAUAAAGCAUAUUUAUAAUCAUCUUCUGCAGACGUUUGUUUUUAGAAACGCUGUUCAGGGUUUAUUUUUACGCUUCUUUUACCUGCCGGCGAUCGCAUUAGGGAUUUUUAUCGGAUGAAGGCCGUGGUGGUGUUCUUCACUGCGGAAAGUGGUUUUUCAGUACAAACAUCCUUAAAUCAAGACACAUUCACUGGAGAGAGAGAGACGCAGAGAUGUGAAGAGUCAAAAUGAAGUGAAUUUAUGCUUAAAACAAGCUUUGGAUGAAGUAGACUUCUUUCUUGUUUAAAUCCUAAACUGAUGUUUAUGUCUUACCUCCUUUCACAUCCGCAGUAAAUGCGUCCUGGUCUCAGAAUGGUUGUGUAUUUGCUCUGGAAAACAAGCCAGAAAUCCAGAGUGAAAUGAUUAUUUCUUCCCCCUGAUCAUUGCUGAUAUAGAGACGUAAGGAAUCGGCUGUAUAGGGAUCAUGCUUUCUGCCCUUUAACCUCCCAAAUGUGAAUAUAUACGCAAAUGAAUCUAAUUUUAUAAUGAAGAGAUCUGUAAUGCACAUUACUGUAACCAGAAAAUAAAUGACUUAAUGCAACAUCUUUA